AUGGCAACUGCUACACCAGAUGAGUACAGCGUGACAGCUGCACCAUAUCCAGCACGUACGAAGGUCGCCUCGUCCACGAUCAAAGGCAUAGAGACGACAGCAACUGUUGUCAACUUCACGGAUAAGAUACUCAUCACUGUCACACAAAAUGGACGAUUAGCACAUUGGGUGCAUGUUCCCCUCGACAUCGCUACGACAGAUGCCUCUAUGAACUACAAUCCCUACCUCGACCGCGAUGACGAAGACCCCACAUCUGACCUUCUUCCUAUGCACCACCUCACGGCCACAACAAUACUGGGUGGUACGAUACCAGAGCUCGAUGUUCUCGGUCAGACUAUUGCGACACAAGUCGCCAGUGCCAUCAAGACGCGCGACGAGAGGGAGACAAGGAUGGUGGUGAUUGGCCUGGGACUAGACAAGAAUAUGGUUGGAAGAGAGGAAUUCGGCGAGCUUGUUGGAGUGCUGUUGCAAGUGAUAUGA